AAGAUCUGGUCCCUGCCCGCACCCCGCCGCCAGCUCCCCCUCCGCCACCCGCCGCCCGAGAGCAUGUUCACGCAAGCAUGAGCAACACCCUUCUCUCGCUGCUCAACCCCGACGACAGCGGGCCGCCCGCCAGGUCGCCUUCCGGCCGCGGCUCGCCCACAAUCGCCUCGCUCCUCUCGCCCUCCGACGACGCUGCUGGUGCUGCUGCUACGCCCGCGACGCCGCCCGCGUCGGCUGCUGAGUCUGCGAGACCGAACAAUCUGUCGGUGUCGAGCCUGCUGUCGCCUGAAAAACCUGCGCCGACGUCGUCGGCCUCGACAGAUACCGAAUCUACGCCUGCUCCCCCCGCAACCGCACCCACAGAACAACCCACGCGAGGAGAGCCGCAAGAGUCAUCGACCGCCUCCCGUACUGCGUCUCAGCAGAAUUCCGCACCGAAGCGCGCGCGCGUCGAGUCAGGCCCCGUCGCAUCCUCACUACAGCUACAAGCCUCCUCCGCCUCCGCGUCGUCGAUACCGAGCGAAGCCCCCUCGGUGUGCCUGCACAUCCCGCUCGGGGGCAAGACGAACGUGGUGCUGAAUAUUUCGAAGCUGGCGGAGGACAAGUACGGCUGGGCGACGCUGCACCCGCAGAUCGCGUCGAACGUCGCGGAGAUCUUUGAUGACGAUGGCGCGGGCGGCGACGCAGGCGACGAAAGCGACGAGUCAGGAGACGACGACACAGGGAAUAACAGCAGCACCGCCGCGGCUCCCUCGUCCUCCUCCGCGCUCACCACCGCAGGCGGCAGCGCGAGCUCAGGCACCGCCGCCGCGGCACCUAAAACGAAAGCCAAGCGCAAGACAGACGGCAAAUACGGCCGGUACGACAUCACAGACCCGUUCAUCGACGACUCGGAGCUGCUGCUCGAGGAGCAGGCCGCGAGUACAAAAGACGGCUUCUUCGUCUUCUCCGGCCCGCUCAUCUCGGACGCAGAGCAGGUCCGCAUCGAACGCGCGGACGGGACUGUUAAACGCGGACGCGGACGCGGCGGACGGCCGGCGGGAAGCGGUAGAGGCGGUCGUCGGUCGGCUGCAGCUACUGCUGCCGCGGCCGCGGCCUCUUCUUCGUCGACCGCAUCGUCUACUGCCGCGGCUGACCAGCGACCGCUUGUGCCGAUCGCACCUGCGCCUUCUGGAGCGGCAGCGACGAGCUCAAAAGCAGCAGCGGCAGGAGGUUCAAACGGACGCGCGGCCGCUCCUGCAGCACCGAAACGACGACGGGUCGCAAAGGAAAAACCCGCUGCCGCUGCUGCUGCGUCUGAUUCUACUACGUCUAAAGCUGCGUUUACUACAAAUACCUCCACUCCUCCCACCACAGCCACUGCUGCUCCGUCGCCGUCAUCCGCAGCAGCUACACCAGCGGCCACCACGUCCGAAGCCGAAAGCAAGCCUGCAGAGGCGGACGCUGCCGCGAGCAGUAUCGCAGCAGCUAGUUAACAGCAGCAGCAGCAGCAAGAAAAGAAAAGAGAUAAAAGGAACGGGUGCAUCAAGCUUUUAUAUAAUAUCAGACCGGAGUCUUUCUUUUUAUUAUAUAUGUUUUUUUAUUUGCUAGGUUAUUGUUGUUUCAUUAUUUAAUUGCGUAUGUGCUGUAAUGUCAGGAAGUUUGAAUGUAGUCAAGGGCGCAGUCUCUCUUCUGCUGGGUUAUCAAAAUGCGGGAUGUGUGAACGAUCGAAUGUCAUUAGCAAGUAUGGGACAAAUCAAAUACUCUAAUAAACAAGUACUAAAUAACAAGAUAAGUAGAAGAAGAGGGAGAGGA